GUGGGAAAGAGGCGAGUGAGGAGGGCGAGCGGGUGCGGGCGUUGGGCUCCGUGGCCUGCUGGCCUCUCCGGCGGCGGCGCGAGAGGUCGUGUCCGCCUGACGAGCUCCGUGGAAGGGGCCGGCAGCCGGGCACAGCGACACGUACCGGGCUGCCGGCUCCGGGGGCUGUGACCUGGGCAGCCGAAGGGACUCGGUCCUCGGCCGGCUGCCAGGGGGUCGGAAGCCGUGAGGAGGAGAGAAGGGGGCGCCUUCCUGCUCUCGCCGCCUCUGCUAGGCGGAGCGUGCCUGCGAGGCUGGGGUCCCCGCUGGGUCGGGGCGGGCUGGGAGGACGGAGCGCGUCCGCGGGCUGAAGCGGGAAAGCGAUUCCUUGGGGAGGUGAGGGAAGGCGCCGCCCGAAGGACCGCUUCUGGGGCCCCUAGGCGGGAUGGCGGCGUGAGGGGCUCCUAGGGGCCCCUGGGAAAGCCGCCCGGUGGACGCGACGGGCGAGCGAGCGUCGCUUUGGCAGCCGGUUUGGCGGCCCCCUCCAGAUGUUUCCUUAAAGCCCGCGGAGCCCAGGGUGGGAUAGGCCGGGCGGAGAGGGAAGGAGGAAAAGGCGGAGGUUUGCGAGCGCAAAGGCUGGCGAAGUUGGUCCCGGCGCUGCUUCUUUCGUCGCCCGAGUCUGGAGGGAGGCUGCGAUGAAUGGUUUCAGCACCGAGGAAGACAGCCGGGAUGGUCCUCCCACCACCCCUUUUUACGGACAAAGUUGUUGCCUCAUCGACGACGGGGAUCGUUGUGUCCGCCCGGCUGGCAAUGCCUCCUUCAGCAAGAGGAUCCAGAAGAGCAUCUCUCAGAAAAAACUGAAACUGGAUAUUGACAAAAGUGUAAGACACUUAUAUAUAUGUGAUUUCCACAAGAACUUCAUUCAAAGUGUUCGAAACAAAAGGAAAAGGAAAACCAGUGAUGAUGGGGGAGACUCUCCAGAGCAUGAGAUAGAUGUUCCAGAGGUUGACUUGUUUCAGCUUCAAGUAAACACGUUGCGCCGUUACAAAAGACAUUACAAAUUACAAACGAGACCUGGCCUCAAUAAAGCUCAGUUGGCAGAAACUGUCAGUCGUCACUUCAGGAACAUCCCAGUGAAUGAAAAAGAAACUCUUGCUUACUUUAUCUACAUGGUAAAAAGCAACAAGAGCAGAUUGGAUCAGAAAGCGGAAAGCAGUAAACUGGAAUGAAGGUUAGGCAGACUAUGGACUCAACGAAGCGUAAUAUUUUUUUAAAAAGCAUCAGGUGCAUUAAAAAUAUUUUUUAAAAAAAUUAAGAUUUUUUUUGUGUAAAUUAAAAUGUACACCAGAAAACAAAGCAAAUUUUCAUCCCAAUAUUAUAAUUCUUAAUUUCAAAAUGUGUGUGAAAACCUCUGCAGUUUCAAAACAUAGUCUUUAACCCAAAGGAAAGAUUACAAGAAACUCAAGACGCCAAAAGCAAUGGCUAAGAAAUUGACAUCAGUCACUGAUUGUAACAAACCAUGUAUGAGUUUGGCAUUCUUGAAUAGGGUCAUACUAUUACUCACAUAGUACUUAAAGGCACAGAGCAGGCAAAGCUUCUGAAUUCUGAUUUAAAACUGUAGUCUGCGCUCACCACUUGUACGCCACAUAGAAUUACUUGUUUUGAGACUAAAUAUCUCAGAUUUUCAUGGGUGCUAAAGAUCUCUAAUCCUAGCUUUUUUGCAUACGUGUAUUGGUCUUGACAGUAGAACAUUGAAAUUGGCCAGCGUUGCUCAUUUAUUAAUUUUUAUUAGAAUCUCUUUUACGAAUUCACAAAUUCUAAUUUGUUAAAUAUUUCUGUUUUUCAAACAAGCUGUUGAACAGAGAGCUGUUACCAUAGAUUCAUGCUAUUUGCUGAUCUUUUAAGGUUGGAUAUAUACAUUUUGAUGCUAAAAAUAAUUUUAAGUUGCUGUGAGCUCUAGUUAUGUAGUUGGAAUCUCAGUCUGGUCCCAAGGAGACUAUAAAGCCAACACUUUGCAUUAAUGAUCUGUUUGAUCCUUUGCAACUUGAAUGCACGCAACAUAGAAUGGGGCUGUGGUGUCAGAAUACAUAAAUGAAAGUUAGAGUUGGCAGUGGCUUCAGUUUAUCCUUAUUUUUGGCAGUGAGAACAAAUGCCAUGCCAUGCCAUUUAUUUGCUCUAGAUAUCAUGUUUGAAAAUGCAGAGUAACAGUACAAAGUUCCCAUUGUCUAUGCCCACAGCCCACAGCCUGAUAUCCAGUGCACACACAUACAGCUUGCUCCUCAUUUACUUAUCUGGGGAAGGUAGCAUUAUGGUCUAAAUUGUGCUUCCUGUAAGACCAAAUUUGCUAGGUGUUUAACAUCUUUUUGUUCUCUUAUUCUCAUAUUUUGCAGUUCCUGAAAGCAUAAAUACAUUUUAAAAUGUCCUGUGGAAUACCUUAUAUAGAUAGUGAGCUUUCUAGAUAAGUCCCAUGUUAUUCACCUGUAGUCUAAAGUAAGGCAUUACUCAAAGGAUAGAAUUUCUAUACUACAUCUGAAGUUUUAUAUUAUAUUUAGUAUUAAACUUGAAUUAAGGACCCUGUAGUUCUUUCCUGCAGUCCUAAACAAUGUUAAAAUCAAUUUCUCUUUUUAUCCAAAUAAAAGGUAAAAUGUGUGCUGUAAGAUGCCAAGAGGCAGAAAUUUGGUAGGUUUUUCUCCAAUAUUUAGUGAUACUUUGGUAAUUAACAUGGAGACUGAUUUUGUUUAAUUCAGCAUUAUAUUUUGUUGCUCUGAAAUAACAAUGCGAAAACUAAAAUGCGUGUCUCAGCAAAUGCAAAGUUCAUUUAUAUAGCCAUUUAGUAUUUUUGUUGCAAAUAUAUGUAUGCAAUAAACAUGGAUCACCAAUUCAUGUUAUUCCAAUUAACUGAAUGCUACUUUAAAAGUAGAUAUUUUCAGGCAGUUUCAUCAUAGGAUAUGUAUAUUUAAUGAAUACUUUAAGUUUAAAAACACAUAUGGAUAUAUAAGUGAAACCAACUUAAAUACUUCAGAUUGCUUCUUUGCAUUUGAAGUUCACUAAGUAACCCCACUGCUUCCUUCACUGAAAAGUUAAGCUAAACUAGAAAUCAAAUAUGCUAAAUAAUCUUUAUAACUGAACACUUAAUGAAAUUGUAUUUGAAUACUUUAACUUCAGAAUAUUCACAUUAGAAAUGCAGUGACCAUGACAUAAUUUCCCUAUAAAGACUGGCACCCUAUAACUCCCUUCUAGAUCAAAAAUGUAAACCUUUUAGUUUUAUACUGUUAGGGCUUAUAAUGCAAAUAACAAAGUUUCAGCAACUAAAUGGCUCUACAGAAAAUUAAAAUGACUAUCUGUUCACAGCACGCUGUCUGUUCAAGAGUUGCUUUGGAGAUCAAGUUAAGUGAUGUGUUUUCCUAAAUCAAGUAAAAAUGUUUGCUGUCAUACUUUAUAUAAACAAAAUAUUUUAUGAGAAAAUUGAGGAAUCUCAUAAGAUGUGAAGAGUAGCUAACAUUAGAAUCCUUGAGUCAUGUCUUUUAGAGAUAUCUGUAUUUGCCUUACUCUCAGCUAGACCAAGUAUUGUACCAAUGUCUUGGCAUAAGUAAAGGGCCAUUUUUCAUGACAUUUUGUGCUAGAGGCUAAUUUUAACAGCAACAUAUAAGUGUUUGUGUGUGUGUGUGUGUGUGUGUAGAUUCAGGGAGAAGCCUGUGGUUCUUGAACAUCUAGCAUUGUAUCACCAAAAACACCAUAAUGCAGUCCAAAAUAAUGGCAAGUUAUGCUGCAUGCCAUUUAAGGAAACUUUCAAAUUCCUUGUGGUUUUAAUAAAACCUUGAUCAGCAUUUUGAGCUUCAGAGGAUUUGAAUCCUAAAACAGUACCUAACAUUAAUAGUAUAUGUGAAAAGAGAGAUUGACAUGUUCAUUCAUAGGAGCUGGUGGGUUGUAUUUUAUUGACUCUUGUUUUAAGGGAUUUAAGCUAUUAAAUAAUAAACCUUGGCCUGGGAGUGACUUCCCACAUUAAGUCUAGUGGUAGUAGAUCAUAUUGCAGACUACAGCAGCACUGAAUAAAACUCACUCAAAACCAAAGGCCUUCAAACCCACUGAAAGCUAGCAGAAGAACUAUAAUUGUUUAAUGGGCUUUGCAUCAGAGCCGAAGACUUUAAUAUGGCACAUCUUCUAGAACGAGGUUAACUUCAUCAAAGAUGGUUGUCCUCUGUGCAUUAGUUGUAGUUGUAAUGAUAGUAGAAAUAGCACAAGAAAUUUUGUUCAUCCCUUGAAUGAAGGAAAGAGCAAAGGGAAGGGGAAGUGCAAUGAUAAUUAGUACUGGAACAACAUUUUUAUGAAUUCCUGGUGCAAGUUGGCAGUUGGAGUGUUUUGGAGGAUAUCUCAGUCUGGUGGUUUAGCUUCCAAGUGUGAUUCUGUAAUGUAAAUGUUACAUAUCAGAUUCCUGCAUUAAAUUUCAUAUUUUCUCUUGCAACUAAUGCCAUACAUUAUGGUGGAAAAGAAGAGGUCUCAGUGUUCUUACAGAACGCUGUAAAUCUGCCACCUGACAGAUUUGCCAAUAAAAAUUUCCUGUGAGGGUCAGGAAAACACCUUAAAGCCAAAGUAGUCCAGGGCAAGAGUAUUUUUCAUACUUUGAUAAGAGAAUAAAAAGAUCAAGAUGUAUUCAAGUAAUAAAGCAGCUGGUGACUUGUUUGAGAAAUGACUUACUAAGCAGUGUUCAAACUUUAUAAUAUAUAGAUUAGCCAAAUACAGAUAUUGAGGGCAGGGAGGGAGAGACUGGGAACUUUGCACUUUAUCUUGUGUUGAUAAAUCCUAAUGUAAAUAAAAUGGAGACUCUUGAUAUUAUUAAAGAAAGCAUUUUGAUAAAGAUGUUGUUCUAAGGGAAAGUGUUGUGCACAGCACACUACUAUCACUUCACCCUGUGCAUUAAUAUGAGAGGUAGAUAGCUUCUCAAGAAGAAGCAUUUCAGCGCUAUCUGAGUUAUUUAAAGGGCCCUGCUAUGAAAACAUAAUAUAUCAAUGUUCCUUCAUUUGUGUUACCUACAUUGCUCUGUUAGCUAUCUACAUGCGUGAUUUUUUUUCCUUUAAAUGUGUAAUGAUGCAGGGUAAUUCUUGCUUUUAUAUAGUUUAUCCAUUUUCAUUUAUUAAUUACUUAAUGAGGUGUUAAAUUUUUAAAAAGUUGUUAAGGGACAGGGGCUUAUGCCUUAAACUCACAAUUUUCAAUUAAGUAAGAUUUAUGAAAUGUUUAGCAAUAGUUUUUUCUGCAGUUGAUUUUUUUUGUACAUUUUUCAAGCAGAGGCAUAUGUAGAGAUUGCCAUUUAUUACAUUGCCUUCAUCCUCUCUGUCUUGUCCUCCUGCAUAUUAAAAAAUAUAAACACACA